UUAGGUUGUAGCGGGCGGAGUAAGGAAAAACGGGUCGGAUAAAGGAAAAUGGAUGAAACACAAUAAAUUUUUUAAAUGACGUACCGUAAAACCAAAAGAUAAUUUAGAGGGAUAUAUUUAGUGUUUCAUUGGACAUCCUGUUUUGUUCAUGUUUCAUUAAAAGACAGUACUGCACAAAAGCGAUGAGUGCUGUUGGGGGACAGGUUUUUGACGCGGAAUGCAUCCUCAGCAAACGACCAAAAAAGGGAAAAUUCGAGUAUCUGGUGAAGUGGCGAGGGUGGUCAUCCAAACAUAAUAGCUGGGAGCCUGAGGAAAACAUCCUUGAUCCACGACUAUUGGCUGCGUUCCAUAAGAGGUGUAUUUCUCUCACCUCUGACAUUGAACAGGAAAAGGAAAUUAGUUUAUCCAAACAUGGCAAAAGACCAAGAGGGCGGCCACGAAAAAUUGCGGAAUUGGUUCCAGCAGCGACAAAAUCAAGCGGAUCAUCAUCGUCAUCUAACUCUUCCUUAUUUUCCUCAGCCUCCUCUGAUGAUGAUAAUAUCAGUGCCAAAAAGGUGAAGCCAGGUUCUCGCACAUGUGAUUCUCGCCCUGUUCCGCAGAAGAAACCACAGACUGUGGUGACCAGGGAGGAGCCAGUGAAGAAAAAACGUGGGAGGAAAGCACUGCCUCCAGAGCUCAAUACACGCAAACAGAGCGAGAGAGCUAAAAUGCUCUUAACAGCCCCUUCUAAAGCUUUGCCAAGGGAACCCAAACCUGCCACCAAAAAGCCACUACAACCAGCCAGCUUCACCUACCCAGGCAUGAGCCGGAGCUCCAGGGACCUCUUGGGUGUGCCGAGCAGUGGGUCCUUCACACAGGGUGCCAUUGGUAAAAGCUGCCUGAACCCCACAGGGUCCACACGCAGCAUGACCACAGCCAUCCCUUCCCUCGGCAGAUUUGCUCAGAGCAGGAGCACCUCAGACUUCAAACUCUCAAUCUCUGACAUCAGCAGCAGUGCAGGACUGGACUUGAAGAACACUGCUUCAAAAUCCCUUGGAGUGGCAGCACUUAAUUUAUACAAUUCCAAACAGUGCAGCAGCAGUGUUGGGCAGGGCCAGGGCACUCCCCAGGCACCUGCAGGUUCUUUGAAUGGGCAACAGAAGCAGACUGUUUCAGGGCAGAUGCUCAUACAGCAGGUGUCCAAUGGUAAGCCGGCAGGCCUGUCCAGCAGGAGCCAGGCCCACAGCCUGGAGGCCCUCAACCUGCAGUGUGUCAACAAACCCACACAGGGCAGUUAUCCGGCAGGCAAGGGGUCUGCUGCAGGGUCAACCCUUCAGAGUGCUGCAAGACCUGCACAGAAUGCAGCGGCAGGAAACGAUAACCAGACACGCAGCUUUGUGAAAAAUCUGUCCACUUCAAGCAGCACGCUGUCCGUGAACAUCCAGCCAGAAACUGGGAAGCCCAAAGAAAGGAGCAACGAGGGUACAGUAAGGGAGGCACUCCCUAAGAGGACAGAAAGGGUCCCUGCUAAGAGAAGAGAGGAUGCAUCAUUGUCCAAGAAUGGAGGCGAGCCAGGAAAAGUCCCGAGUCAAAUGAGCACUGGGGAGGUGGGGAAUCGCUCCGGCUCAGACCGACCAGACCCCUCUCCCAAUGGGGGCCAGAGCAUGUCUGUGUCUGUACUGACUAAUCAGGACUGGAAGCCUACACGUAGCCUGAUUGAGCACGUAUUUGUCACAGACAUCACUGCCAACUUGGUCACAGUGACAGUAAAGGAGUCACUGACCAGUGUGGGCUUUUUUGGGAACUGUAACAGCAUGAGUUGACUCUUUGUAUUAAAGUGAGGUGUUGUCCCUUGCCAAAUUGGCAACAUGGGGACAUGGCAUACAUUGCAGAACCAUGAAGGAAGUAGUGCAGAAACAUAGUAGAUCUUUAUUGGUAUGUUGUCCAGUUCUAGCUUUUCUUCAGAACUUAGAAACCAAUAAACUUGGUAGGCCAUUAUUAGUAUUAAGAUGUAUUCACUUUUAAUACUUAUUUUUUGGUUCUUUGUAAGCUCAGAAUACUGCAGCAUUCCUUCAUUUUUAUACACACAAAUCAACCUGUUAAUGUGAACUGGAUUUUUUUGUGAAUGGAACGGUCCAAAAACUACAUAUUUAACAUUCUGUCAGUACUCAAAACUCAGGACUAUUGAAGCAUUUCUUAGUUUCAGUGUAAGGACAAUAAUUACAGUAUCAGGACUAUCCCAUAGUAUAGAUAAUGUAUCUCCAGCUACUUCCCUUGCUGAGAAUGGAAAGGAUGUAUUCCUCAGCUCCCCUGAUGAUGUGUGCAGCUCUGUUUGGUGCUUCUGAAAGUGGGGAGAAAACACAAAAUCCACAACAGCUUAACUCUGGGAAGGCUGGCUAUGAGGAAAAUCACCAAUACUCUCCGUAUCAGCACUUUGUUUCACUUCAGUACUUAAAAACAGUUUUGAACUGUGCCUGCUGGAAAGAUGUUAUAAAUGAAUUUUUGGUACGGUCUUGUUAAUUUCUAGCAUGAUCUAUUCAUACUGCGUUUUGGAACUGUAGGUAAAAAAACAUACAUUAGUUCGAAUUAUAGCAGCUCUUGCUCAAAGAUAUGGACAGAACUGUAGGAACAAAAACAAAAAAGAUUAUGUGUUUAAGACAUUUUCUUCCAUGGGAUAUGCCCUGAAAAUAAAUGGCAAUUAAAGAAAUUGAAAAGAAAACAAUCUGAAUUUUAACAGGCUAACUCAACAGAAACUGUCGAUCUAAUGAAAUUGAAAAGUUGCUGAUCAGUGCAGGAUUUUAAGUAUUGCAUUUAAACCUCUGACAACGCAUUGUACCCUGAUCAAUCAGAUAAGCCGUAAUCAGUGAAGUAAAGAAAUCGAUACCUUGUUUUACUGAGAUUACUUUUUACGGUGAUUAACUGUACUUAUCUUGUGCAUGUAAUUUAAUUAGAUCUAUUUUAACAUUUACAGUUAUAGACUGUUCGGCAGGCCAGUCUUUGGACACAGAACAAUGCCACCAACAAUAUAAUUCUAAAAAUAAAACAUGCAUUUAGUGCUAUCAUUGAAAUUUGGAUCUUUCCAUUUCCCUUCUCGAAGAGAAAAUGAUUCCUUUGUGUAGGCUCGGUGAGUGAGUCUGGUCCAAUGUUUUCAUUUGUAUGAUGACAGUGGCUGGACUUGUUGCCGGGAUUACGGUUGUUGCAUUUGUGGGGGUCACAUUCUGCAUCGUAUGGAGAAGGGAAAUGCAACAAAUCUGUCAGAUGCAGAACCUGUCCUUGGUAUUCCAAAGACAAAUUUCAGAAGUAAGCUGUAAGAUUUACUCAUUAAGAUGUGUUGUAAAAUUAAUCUCAUUAAAUUAUUUAAUAAUA